AUGGGCUUGACAACGACGCUCAAAGACAUGGUCGGCGUCCACACCGGCCCCGAAGGCCCGCGGGAGGAAGGACAGUCGUCGUCGCUUCCUCCUGCCGGUCAGCAGCCUCCGCCGAGUCCGCAUUUCCAGGGUCCGGGAGGGGAAGAAGCGCCGCAGAACGGAGGGAACUGCGACUACGAACGAGUCGGAACGGAGCCAGCGAGCAACGGAGCGGAGGAACGAGCUGCAGCCGCGGCCUCGAGUCCGACAACUCCCUGA